AUGAAUCGAUAUACUGAUGAAUCUACGGAGCUAGAUAGUUUGAUCAACUCAGUGAGAAAUGCGAUACCCCGGGAGGCAGACGAGAAUGCCUAUUAUUUGGUCAUCGCAGCUGUCAUAGUCGCAUCGAACAAUCCAGCAGAAAUCGGGUCAUUCUAUCGCCAUCUCGCAGACCACGUUUUCGAUGGCGACGCUGAAAAAGCUGCCAAAGCCUCCUCGGAGAUACGAGACGUCCUCAUGAAGUCCUGGACCUUGAUUGGUAUCCCGCCUGUUAUCACAGCUAUUCCCGCACUUAUCAAGGAGGAUGACAAAUCAUUCAUUGGAGAAAGCGUGCUGAGUGAGAAAUGGUAUGUUCUCUCCUACUCACCCAGACUUUCAGCGCACAGCGAGGUCCUCCGCGUGGGAUGCGUUAUUGAGACUACGAUUAGGGUAAACCCUGCGAGCAUUGAGCAUGGCGGACCAAUAUCAGAGCGAGGCAUGGCAAUGAUGCUCAGACUCUAUGGUACAACGCUUCUUCCUAAGAUCUUCGACACCUGGGGCAGUUUUCGAUCGGAUGUCGUAUUCCUCGAGGCCUCCAUCAUCUAUGGGCUCCACCUGGCCGACCAUUCUGUACUCACAGAAAUACAGUCAGAAUGUAUCAUAGUGGCCUUGAUGCUCUGUACUGGAUUUGGCGCGCCAUCACUCUGGCAUUUGCGAGGGCUGUGCCGACUCCUGGGUGCAAGAGGGAACACUGUAGCAGAGAACAAGGAAGUAGUCGAUAGGGUACAACGUUUCGAGGAUGCUAUUAAGGCGUGUGUCAGCUACUACAAAAUGGAAGACAAAGCUAAGCUUGCUAAGUGGCCAGCUGUAGCGGAUGUGGAAAAGGAGCUUGGUGGAUUCGGUAAUGACGAAUUCUAG